CUCCCCCCCACACCUCCACACCCCCUCCCUUCCCCCACGCGGUAGACGCCCCUCCCCCAUUCAUUCCCCGUUUCUCCCCCUCCCCCCACUCUAUCUCUAGACCUUCCCCCCAGCGGGGGAUCGGGAGUGGGACCAUGUUCACCAGCACCGGAUCGAGUGGGCUCUAUAAGGCACCUCUGUCAAAGAGCCUUUUACUAGUUCCCAGCGCCCUUUCCAUUUUAUUGGCACUGCUCUUUCAACAUUAUCAGAAGUUCUUUGUAUAUAAUCUACAAGCUAUAAAGAAUGACUUGCAGAUUUGGAGAUUGAUCUGUGGAAGAAUAAUUUGCCUCGAUUUGAAAGAUACAUUUUGUAGUAGCCUGCUCAUAUAUAACUUUAGGAUAUUUGAAAGAAGAUAUGGCAGCAGGAAAUUUGCAUCCUUUUUAUUGGGUUCCUGGAUUUUGUCAGCUUUAUUUGACUUGAUCCUUGUGGAAGCUAUGCAGUAUUCAUUUGGUAUCACAGCCAGUAACUUGCCUUCUGGUUUUCUCGGGCCUGUAUUUGCUCUGUUUGUACCAUUUUACUGCUCCAUUCCAAGAGUUCAAGUGACACAAAUUCUGGGCCAGUUUUCCAUCACAAACAAGACAUUGAUUUAUAUAUUGGGGCUACAGCUUUUAACCUCUGGUACCUACAUUUGGGUUGUAGCCACAAGUGGUCUGAUUGCUGGUAUGUGUUAUACGAAUAGUGUGUUAAAAGUUCAUCAGGUUCUUUGCAUACCCCGCUGGAUGGCAAAGUUGUUUUCUUGGACACUUGAACCCAUCUUCUCUUCUUCGGAACCAACCAAUGAAGUCAGAAUUGGAAUGGGAGCAACAGUAGACAUUCAGAGACAGCAAAGAAUGGAAUUGCUUGAUCGUCAGCUUAUGUUAUCUCAGUUUGCACACAUGAGGCGACAACGACAGCAGCAGGGUGGUAGGAUUAAUUGGAAUCGAUUUUUUCCUCAUAUACGUCAGAGGCGGAAUGCAAAUGCUCGAGAUGUUCGACAGUCUGAACAAGAAGUAGCAGCACCUCCUCAUGAGGUUUCUGAGGAGCAGGUUGCUCGACUCAUGGAGAUGGGAUUUUCUAGGGUGGACGCCUUGGAGGCCCUGAGAGCUUCAAAUAAUGACCUUAAUGUAGCCACCAACUUCCUACUGCAGCAUUGAUGAGCCUAAGGAAUUUGGCUGAUGUGGUUGCUUGAUAUCUGAGGAACAGAGGCAGCAUCCGCCUCCUGGAUGACAUUGAAAAGUCUUUACCAAAUGAAUCCAAGGCAACAAAGCCAUGUCUACAAAAACUAAGUUAUAAUGUUGGGUGAAGGGUAGGUAUGCCCUGCUGUUCUCAUGCCCUUAAACCCCAAGAUUGUUAUGAUUAUACUCUCUGAAAAUAAUUUUGCCAUUGAAUUAGCUGGCAUGUUCUUUUUUAUCUUCAUUUUGAAAGACUGGGUCUUUUUCUUGGUUUUGGGAAUUAACAGUAAAGAAUUUGUUACAUCUUAUGUAUACAACGCUGAGAGAGAGUACAAACUUAUGCAGCAGCUCAAUGCCAAAAUGGAGGCUGUUGUAAGACAUGCUAUUUUUAUUUUAGUACAUUAUCUCACAUAAUCUUUUGAUUUCAAUAAUAAUCUUAAAGGGGAAAGGGAGUAAUGUUAUUUCAAUAAGGACAUAUCAGAUUAUUCUUUGUAAAAGUUUUUUUUAAUUGUAUUAUUUUUUCUCAAAUUUAUUUUUAAGCCUAAAGGGCUGUUCAGGCCACGCCCAAUACCACCUGGAUACCAGAAGUAUGAUUUAUAUAUCUAUUAUAAAUUGUAUUAACUAGGGACUAACCAGGGGAGAGUAGAAGCACUGAGUCAUACACUCCUCAUUAUUACCAACCCAGGGCAAAUUUUCUAGGCCUUUCUCCCCACGUCUUCCAGGAAAAGCUACUCAUUAAAAGGGCCUAGAAGAGUCUCUGAAACAAUGAAAAAGCUCUGAAAAAAAAGGAUCUGGUGUUAACUCUCCCUUGAAAAUCCAAAGUAGAUCCUUAAUGGGGAAGUGAUUCAGACCGCAAAAGAAUGACAAUAAAGCUAAAAAAAAAAAAACCAGCCUAAAGGCAUCCAGCCAGGCUCUGCAGAUUGAAUGACCUGCUGGAUCAGAGUACUUUAUAGUUGACGUGAUGGAUUUGUGAAUAGACUAUCCGUUAUUUUCAGGAAGUGGAGGUGAGGAACUCUGGCCCACCUUUUUGGUCUCAUUCUUGGGCUAAGCAUUUGUUUGCCUGCUGAAAACCUAGACUGAUUGUCCCCGGCUGCACCACCAGCAUUAGCCUCUGUAGCAGUGUGGCUUCCUGACAGCCACACGGAGAUGCUUGGCAUCCCAGAGGGUCACCCCAGGGCAGUAGAAAGGAUAUGGAUAGCAUUUCAGAAUUAGACAACGUUAAGAAGAGAAAACAGAAAUCAGGGUUGGAAAGAAAAUGAGAAUGGAAGGGGAGGGGAGGACUGAAAAU